AUGCAGAAUGAACUGGGCCUCACCGCUUCCUCCGACACCUUAUUAGUUGACAGCUUUCAUGCUCAGGCCGUGAGGAGUGCCUACUCGACACCUGACCAAUAUGUGAAUGAUAAACAUGAGGCUUGGCUUCGGAAUCAGGCACAGGAACUUGCGACGGGGAUGAGAAAGUGCUUGGCAACAGUGGCAAAUGUCGGUGGUAACCACUGGGUAGGGCUUGUGGUUGAUUUUCGACAACAGAAAUUCUAUUAUGGAUGUUCAUUAGGGUGGAAGAUGAAUCAGGUUUUGAAGGAUACGUACAGCUGGUGGGUAUAUCAGCAUACAAGCAGGAUAUUCAAAUGGGAGACAAUGAAGAGCACGGUACAGCGUGAUGGAUUCUCUUGCGGAAUUCUUGCUGUCAAUGCUCUUGGACAUCAUCUCAAUCCAGCCAAAUAUCCAUUACUUGACGCCAAGGCAGUUGCCGAUGAAUGA